AUGGGGGAUAUAACUGAAAUGCAACAACUCUUAAAAUUGAUGGGUGAUAACAUCUAUGUGUCUAGGUACCAAACGUGUGAGGAUGAAGUUACUCUUAGAGAUAUAUUUUGGACUCAUCCUGAUUCCAUAAAGUUAUUUAACAUAUUUCCUACUAUGCUCAUACUUGAUUCAACCAAUAAGACCAACAAGUAUAAACUUCCAUUAUUGGAGAUGGUUGGUGUUACCUCAACUGAGAAGACAUAUUCUGUUAGUAUAAUUGGUCAUCUUAAGAUGCAUAUGCCUGCAAUGAUGGGCAAAGCUAAGGUACAACAAAGGCUUAUAGAUGAUCUUGAAGAUGAAUUUAAAAAGGUUCAAAGGGAGUUUCAUUUAUCCGCUGGUGAUUUUCCUAAUGUAGAUCACUUCAGAGAGGUUUUGAAUACUUACAACAUCGACAAAUUUGAUAAAUUGAAGCCUAAAAUGAUUCAAGUUAUAGAUGACAUGCUUGGUUAUGAAAUACCAGAGCUGUUAAAGAAAUUUAGAAAUCCUUAUGAAUAA